AUGGCCCUUUUUUUCCAAAAGCGCCUUCAUUGCUUCUAUUGUGGGUCCCGGUCAUCGAAGCCUCAGAAGGGCUCGACACGUCAGUGGAGGUGUUCUGAAUGCCAGGCAGUAAACCAUCUCGAUGAGAAUGGUGAGAUAACGGACCCCCCGCCCGCUGAAGCAUCGUUUCAACCCAGCCAACCCCAAUACGCCCGACCUCUCUCCCAUGCGCAGGUAGAUCGAUCUUCAGAUUCAUCCAUAUUCUGCUCAACGUGCCUAAAAAACCAAUACCUGUUAACCGAAACCCUUGCAUCCUAUCUUCCACCUCAAUCGCACCCGGAUUAUGACGCUUACGAAGCGUCGUACCCAGAAUACCGAAAGAGUCUCGAGAGCCGCUACCCACAAGUAUGCGAACGUUGCGAACCGAAAGUCAUUGGGCGCAUUCGUCAGGCGGGAUAUGCGGCGAAAGCCGACCAUUUACGACGCAUGAUGGAGCGUAGUAGGGGCGGCAGAACCGGGCGCAAUAAAGGCAACUGGAGAUGGCGCAGUCUUUUGGUUUCUACUGGUGCUGUAUCCUUUUGGGCCAGCAUUACUGGACAGCUGCUCUGGGAUAUCACGGGCUGUAUACCAGAUAUUGGAUAUUCUCUUGAGUACCAAGAAUAUGCACAGCCAUCCAAGAUUCUCUCACAAUGUUUUUGGCAAGGUGUUGAAACGUACUGUAUGUCGAAGGAAUGCGCAAUGACACUACAGCCGUAUGCUGGGCUAGCAUUGGUUCUAGGAGUCUUCUCGCUGUGGUGGAAUCCGCAACUUCGAUCGAAGGUCAGUGGACGGUCUGGUCGUAUAACUGGAGUGCGUGAAUAUUAUCGAAUACAGAUCGUUGCGCUCGUUGCCAGAUUUAUCAGCUGGGUUAUGUUACAAGAUACAUCGAUCACCGACCUUAAUCCCAACCUUUCCCGAGCGAUUCAUAUUUUUAUAGGACUCUUCACAUUAUUUACAACCAUUGCCUCCAGAGCAUCGAUUCAAUUUUCGGCUAAACCUAUUGUCUCGUGGAAUGAAAAUCUUGACUCUCUAACUACAACAAAUUCAAGGACUGACAAAGAUGGCCCACGGCCACCCCUUUCGAUCUCUCAGGCAGCAGCUCCUAGCCUAAGUCAUGAUGUACCGCGAUUUCCGAUUACAAAACUCGCUGCUCCUCGUGCCGCCACUCCAGAGCCCUAUAUACCUCCAACUCCUCCUUUAGACCCCUCAUACGACUCCGAUGCCAUGGAUUGGACUCCUUCCCAUCAGCAAGCGAUUCAACCCAGCUUUCAUCUAAGCCGAAGAAAACCUGAGCCUGUUGUUGUUCCAUCCCCGUUUCAAGGACAAUUACCUCCAGCCCCCAAGCCGCCAUCAUGGCAGCUCCGCAACCCUAGGCCGACACCUUUAGUUAGACCCCCUGAGAAACCCAACCCUUUCCAUACCGCGCCAAUUUUACAACCAACCAUUGCAACGUCUCAUGACAGCAAAAGUCUGACGAAAUCAAGUGACAUGGUGAUGGCACCUCCGAAAUUCUUUCCCCAAAGUGAUUUUAAGGCGGAGACUGGUCUGGAGAGCUUAUUUGACAAGGCAUUUUCCAUUGCAGAUAGCCCAGGGAAAGGCGAACGGCAUUCUAAAUCGAAAACUGCGGAAAGCGAGCCUGUAGCAAAUAAACCGCUCCAUCUCUUGAAGAGCAUCCUUUUGGUUUUUGGCUUGACGCUAUGGGUUGGCUCUCGACCUUUGGGCUUACCCAGAAACACCACUGAAACGGUUGUGCUAUCCCUUAGUUUCCUUGUGGCCGGAUUCUCUUUGCUUGAAUUAUUGAUGAAACCCAUGGUUCAUUGGAGAACAACUGAUAUAUUUUUAUCCGUGGCUGAACUACUUGGCUGUGCCUAUUUUGCCUUGACUCGCACAGGCCACUUUGAGGAGUUUACAACUUUUGAUAAUGCUGGAAUAUACUUCGUAUCCUUUUUGACAGGCCAAGAGCUAUUCGGGCUUCGUUUCUUGUUCGAGAGAAAGGAACCGAGUGUUGUUGCGCAGGCCCCAAUUCAACCAGAGAAUAGACGACCGGAAACGCCUCCGUUAAUGUCGCCAUCUCUCUCCACUUCUAGCGGAGAACGAACUCCCACCCGCGCUUCUUUCCUAUCAAAGCCGGAGCCUAGUCUUCGAAUGGAUCAUUCACCGGCUAAAAAGCAACCUCCACGGUAUCAACCUUCCCCCGCACUUCAACCCUUGCAUCCAAAUUCGAGCACACUCAACAGACAAAGCACCUCUCACCCCGUCCCUAAAGCGGAGUCUACCCUAGCUUCUUUUUCGACAAUUACUCAAUCGCAGCUUCUCUCCUCGUCCUUUGGUUCCACAGAUCGUUUCAUGUCCCCUGCAUCCGUCACAUCGGUUUCCUCUGCUGAGUACGACACGUCCACGAUAUCGGAGCCACCAUCUCCUAUCCUCUCCGCUCGUCAUCGCACCCCGGGCCCUUCGAUUAAUGGCCUCAGCUUAGAAGAUAGCCCCAUACCUAUGAAAAAUAUAGUUCCUACUCCACGCUAUUCCCUUCGAAGUCGUCGGCGGUAG